CCCACAAUUCCCGCGAAAAGGUUCGAAUCAGCUUAGCGCGCUUUCUGCAAGUGUACCACAGUCGCCGAGCUGAGCGACACGAAUCAUAGGAGGCUUUCGUGUGUUUUGUUUUACGCGCUGUAACGAUACAGGGCGACACUGGAUUGACAUUUUCCCUUUCUCUUGGAUUACCACUAAGCACUGACAUUUUGUAGCCUAUGUACAGUUGAGGAUAUGUUUUGAACACGAUUGUUCACAAGUGAUACCCAACUCAUUCUGACAGCAUCCUUGUUUGUUGUGGAUAGUUUGGAUUACCAUUUGUUUCAACGAUGGAGAGCGACACAUCAGAGCACCGUCCCCAUUACAGGACCUUGGACGACUCUCGUCUCUCGGCCGAUGAAAUGGACGAGCAACGGAAGCUCAAUAUCGCAUACGAAUAUUUAUGCCAUUUGGAGGAAGCAAAAGUAUGGAUCCAGGCCUGUAUCAAUGAAGACUUGCCCCCAACAAUAGAGCUGGAGGAAGGACUACGGAAUGGCGUCAUUUUGGCCAAACUUGGACGCUUCUUCUCACCACAAGUUGUCAAGAAAAUAUAUGACAGAGAACAGACUCGCUACAAGGCGAAGGGCCUCCACUUCCGACACACAGACAAUAUCAACCACUGGUUUGCCGCCAUGACAGAGAUCGGAUUACCACAGAUAUUUUAUCCAGAAACAACAGAUAUUUAUGAUAGGAAAAACAUGCCACGAGCUGUCUACUGUAUACAUGCACUGAGUUUAUACCUGUUCAAGCUUGGUCUAGCACCACAGAUACAGGACCUCUACGGAAAAAUCAACUUCACAGAGGAGGAAAUCAGCGCCAUGAGGAGGGAGCUGGAGAAGUAUGGGAUACAGAUGCCAGCCUUCAGCAAGAUCGGCGGUAUCCUCGCCAAUGAGUUGUCGGUGGACGAGGCAGCAUUACACGCUGCCAUCAUUGCCAUAAAUGAAGCCAUUGACAAACAAAGUGCGGCAGAGACAAUGUUGGCGCUGCAGAACCCGUCCGCCAUGCUGGUCACACUCGACAUGGCCAACAUGGACAGCUAUCAGCAGCUACUGUACGAAGCCAAGCAGACCAAGAUGGAGAUCUCGAGGAACAAGAGCAUGGACACUGAGCGACAGUUUGAGCAUGACGUGUAUGACGAACUACUGACGCAAGCAGAGAUCCAGGGAAACGUUAACACUGUGAACACAUCCUCGGCUGUGGGGCACCUGCAUGAAGCUCUCCUGAAGUCUGACCCCGCCCUGGUGCUGGCGGCCCUCAAGGCGCCCCAUCUCGGACUCAGGGGUGUCAAAGAUGAAAACAUCAUGUUCUACAUUGAGAAACUCAGGCAGGCUGCAGAACUCAAAAAGAAUAACAACAACGGGGAGGAGUCUGUGCUGGACAAGGAUGAAAUCCAGGCGGCCAUCAACCAAGCCAACUUGGAGGCCGACACCGAGUACCAGAAAUCCCAAGCACUCCUGUCCAUCAACUCUGCCAUCAAUGGCAAUGACCCUGUCCAGGUGAUGAAAGCCCUACAGAACCCGUCUGCCCAGCUGCCGCCAGUUGUCCGGGGGCGGGCGGCCAUGUUGUAUCUGGAGGAGUUCAGGAAUAUCAGGACAGAUAAACAGGGCGACCUUGAGCACCAUGAGAUUGCAUCAGCCAUCACAGUGCUGACUGCAGUGGCACUCAUCAACCAGGCUGUGGACACAGGGAGCCCGGAGAACACGUUCAGUGCCCUCUGCCAACCAGACGCCCACCUGCCGGAGGUGGAUGAGAACAAUAUGGAGAAAUAUCAGGAUUACUUGGCUGCUCAGAAACACAGCAAGUCUGGGAACCCAUGUGACCUGCUAACUCACCACGAGAUCUCAACGGGUGUGGAGACCAUCCAUCAGCAGGUGCAGGAGGAACAUGAACGAAUCCUGGCCAUCAACAAGAUCAACGAAGUCAUUACACAAGGGGAGCCAGAAGACACGCUGGAGGCCCUACAAACACCAUCGGCCAAACUGCAUGGCAUCGACGCCCGACAGGCUUACCAGUAUCAGGCCCUGCUCCUCAAGGAAAAGCAGCAAAAGGCAGAGGCUACAGGUGAUGAGGAUGCAGAGCUAUGGUUGGAGGAGAUUCAGUUGUGUGUGGAGAAGGCCAACAAGGAUGCGAAUGAUGGCGUCGGGAUUUCCUUGGGCGUGAAUGCCAUCAACGAGGCCAUCAGUGCCGAAGACGUUGCCAGUCUACAGUCUGGUCUGACUAACUCGGAGGUGGGUCUCCACAGCGUCACACCCGACUGCACCCCUACCUACAUGGGCAGCCUGAAGACCCUACAGACCAAGAAGUCACAAGCUGGCGAGUGUGGCAGUGGCUGGAUGAUGAACCGAACGCGGGAUGGAUCCAAGUUCUUCUACAACAUCCACACCGGGGAGUAUGAGUGGUACCGACAGGAUGGCGUAGUCAAGGAUCACAGUCUGCUCACCAAAGAUGAAAUUCAGAAAGUUAUAUCAGAGGAGACGGCAGCCUAUGACCGAGAGUUGCUGUUCAAGGCCAACGAGCCGCGUAUCGUGAAGCUGCAGGCGAUGGUGAGAGGUCACCAGCAGCGAGAGAAAUACAAGGAGAGACAGAACUUCAUGAAUACACAGCUACCCGCCAUUGUGGCAAUACAGUCAUGGUUCCGGGGAGGCAAACAAAGGCGGCAGUUCAAAGGUCGAUUGGACUAUCUUAACAGCAACGAAGAUGCAGCCAUCAAACUUCAGUCAUACGUGUGGAUGUGGCGAGAGAGGAAGAGGUACAGGGACAGACUCAAGUUCUUUAAAUCCAAUGAGGACAAGAUCAUCAAGAUCCAGGCGUUCUUCCGUUCCAACCUGGCUCGUCAGGACUACAAGGCCCUCAUGCAAGACAGCAACCCAUCACUGUCUGUUGUGAGGAAGUAUGUCCACCUACUUGAUGCCAGUGACAAUGACUAUGCCGAGGAACUGGAGUUACAGAAGCUUGGUCAGCAAGUGGUAUCUGAGAUCAGAUCCAACCAACAGCUGGAGCACGACUUGGACCAGAUGGACAGCAAGAUUUGUCUGCUCAUCAAAAACAGGAUCAAACUGCAGGAUGUUGUUAAACAAAACAGGAAGUUGAACAUCUCUUUGAAAGGCUUGAAAGCACUGAGCAAGGAGAGCCAUGAGCGCCUGGAAGCAUACCAGCACUUGUUCUACCUGCUGCAGACCAACCUAACGUACCUUGCCAAGCUCAUCUUCGAGAUGCCACAGACUGACGCCACCAAAUUCAUGGAGGCUGUCAUCUUAUCGCUGUUUAACUACGGGUCGAAUCAGAGAGAGGAAUACCUUCUCCUGAAACUGUUCAAGACAGCACUGGAAGAAGAAAUAGCGUUCCUGUUAGGUGGUUCUAACUCUAAGGUCCACAAGAUGACGGACAUUGUGACCGGCCAGCGACUGGUUGUCAAGAUGAUUGUAGGCUUUAACAGGAACCAGCGAGGUCAGAACGCUCUGCGGGAGAUGCUUAACCCCCUCAUCACAGGGGUUGUGGAAGACAGGAACCUCCGCAUCAACACCGAGCCCAUUGGGUUGUACAAGGCCUGGGUGAACCAGACAGAGUCCGAGACUGGCAAGGCCACGGGCCUCCCAUAUGAGGUGACCCCUGAAGAAGCUCUGAAACACCCAGAGGUGCAGCAACAGAUUCAGGAGUCCAUCAAACGGCUGCAGGACGUCUCCGACCGCUUCCUCAACAAGAUCCUCACCUCACUCGACAAGAUUCCAUACGGGAUGCGCUACAUGGCCAGGGUGAUGAGGGAUGCUCUCACAAAGAAGUUCCCCGACGCCCUGGAGAAGGAUGUCCUGCAGAUUGUGGGAAAUCUCCUCUACUAUCGGUACCUCACCCCGACAAUCGCCGCCCCCGACGUCUUCGACAUCAUCACUGUUGGCGCAGAUAAAGCUUUAACCAACGAUCAGAGGAUAAACCUGGGAUCAAUUGCCAAAAUCCUGCACUUCGCUGCAUCAAAUAUAGGGUUUGGGGGAGAGAGUUCCUACUUGGCCAGUAUGAAUGACUACAUCAGGGUGGCCCACGACAAGUUCAAGAAGUACUGCCUGGCGGCCUGCGAUGUGGAGGAGCCGGAGGUCAAGUUCAACAUCGACCAGUACACAGACGUCACCAUGAUCACCAAACCUGUUGUCUACAUGUCGGUGCAGGAGAUUGUCGACACACAUCAGCUGCUGCUUCAGCACCAAGAUGCCAUCGCCCCGGAACACCAGGAUGUGCUGCAUGAACUCCUGGAGGAUCUAGGGGAGGUGCCCACCAUCGAUGAGUUGCUGGGCACAGAGUUGACGGGAGACGAAACGACAAACGAUGACCUACGUGCCCAGUUGUCCAAGACGGAGUUGUCCAUGACGUUGUCCAGCAAGUUUGAUGUUCAGCACGACGACAAGGCAGACAUGAAGACACUCAUGAUAAGGACAAAGCGCAUGAUUGUUGAUGUGAUAGCAUGUCAGCCGGGUGACGAUCUGAUCCAGGUGCUUGACAUCCCAUCCAGUGAAACACAGGAGGAAAUCCACCAGGCGCUAGUGAAGAAGCGUGAGAUGAUCGAUCGCAAGAUGACGGAGAACAAGGAGAAAGGGAAACUGGUCCGCCAUGCUUCCAUCCUUGGAGACACCAGGUUGCCCUUGGAGAACAUGAAGGGAAAGAUCAAGAAGAAUUUACAGACAUUAGAAAUAGCAGGGAUGGUAUCCAAGAAGAACAAAUACCAAGAACUGACCAACUCCAUCGUACAGGAUAUUCGCAACCAGAGGCGGUAUCGCAACAACAGGAAGCAGGAGCUGAUGAGACUCAGGACGACGUGCAAGAGUUUAGCAAACAAACGAUCAUUCUACGAGUCCCAGAUUGACUACUACAACCAGUAUGUGAAGACAUGUCUUGCUAACUUACAACAGAAAGCCAAGAAGCACAAGAAACCAGGCUUGUUCCGAAAACAGGCGGACAACCAGAAGGUUCAUGGGUCAGUGAGUUACAGCGGGGCCAGGCUCUAUGAGAAGGGUGUCGUCCUGGAGAUACAGGGCCUCCCACAGAAUCAAUUCAAAAACGUGCUGUUUGAAAUCGCCUCAACUGACAACCCUGGUGUGUUUGAGGUGAAUGCCAAGUUCAUGGGCGUCCAAAUGGAUAAAGUGGAGCUUGUCUUCCAGGACCUGUUGCAGCUGCAGUACGAGGGUGUUGCAGUCAUGGUGAUGUUCGGCAAGGCCAAGAUCAACGUCAACCUCCUCAUCUUCCUCCUCAACAGGAAGUUCUACGGCAAACAGUUGGGGAAAUAGUCACAUGCUGCAUGUAACAACUCAUUCACCAUCAACAAACCUUAUUUCAUUGUGAUCAUCCUCUGGACCCUGGAGAAAGGAACUCAUUCGGCACUACACACGAUUAUGGAAAAGGUUGAUUUUGUGAUAGUGGAGUAUUUGUAAACAAACUGUUUUCUGAAGCCGAACUAAGUGUAAAGAACAAUGUCUUUCAAGGAUCAGGAGCUGUGAAAUUGUCACUGGUGUCAAAGAAAACUCGAUGUCUCUUGAUGAGGCAGAUUUAUUAGUAGUGACUCGAGCAGUUCAUUAAUUAUCGUUAUCUGUGUUUCUGUAUAAUAUUACGACACGUAGCAACCCAUACUGUAUAUCUUGUCCUAUCUUCUGACUUGCCACAUUCAUUACACCAAUGGUUUGUUAUCAUGCAUUUGUUAGCUCUGUUGAUAUAUUGCACACAAUGUAGAUAACCAUUAUUUCCCAAUUGUAUGGCUCGAACGUAUACAUAUAUAUUCCUAUUCUUUUAUCACCUGCUAAAUUAUGAAAUAUAUAUUAUUAGUUUCAAAACACUGCUUUUAAUAUCGACUUGUUCAUAUGACAAGCGUCCCUAUUUUGUAUAUGAUGUUUCUAGUGCAAUACUUCCUUUCAACUGUCCACUGUCUGCUAGCUGCUGACCACAGGUCAGGUAGUUCUGCUCUCUCUUUGAUCUGUUUGUUGGAGGCAUUUCCCCUGACUGUCUGCUAACUAGUGAUCAGAAAGGUCCGGUACUGCUGCAGUCUUUUAGAGUGAUCUCCCUUCAUCUCAGCAGUCAGUCCAAUGGUCUGCCGGUGUACAUGAACAGGGCCACUAGUGAACCAGUGUUGUUGGGUGGAGUGCCUGUCAUCAGCUUCUGUCAUCCUUUCUCAUCUGUCAUCCUUUCUCUGAACACUGCUUUUGUCAUUCUGUAUGAUACACCACCAGUUCAUGCUCAUACACCACAAUGAAGACCUACAUGUUGCGUCUAGAGCUGGAAUUGUCUUGCCAUUUCCUGAGUUGUAUGUAUAUCUCCAUCUUGUUAUAUAGCAUCAUAGAGGUGAAAUCUACACUGUUGACGUAUACAACUUGUGUUAUCCAAGAGCAGGGCUAUCUCUGGAUCUGAUUUUAUGUCCUUUUGCAACGUUUUACUAUAUGUCAUGUGUUGAAUCUCCUAUUCUAGUGCUUUAAGUAUUUUAAGACAAAUGGGACCAAGAUUUUACACCAUUUUUCCAAAUUGAUAUAUUUUGGAUGUAUAUUUUGAUAACAAGUUUAGAUUGUAUUGUGAUUUGGAAUGGGACCAAUAUGAAGAGACAGUUUCAUGAUGAUGACAAUUUCCACUGCAGCUUGUGUGCUUGACUUGUUCCUGGAGGGCAUAAUGUUACUGUUUGUUGUUAACUCUGUUUGAAGUCAAGCUCUUUGUUAUUUUCUUGAAUAAAGAUCUUUGCCUUGCAGUAGGUAUUGCUAAGUUUGGAUGUGGGUGUUUCUCUUCUCUUGCCAGUGUUAUGGAGCAAUCCAGAAUGAGUGAUCGACAUAAUACAGAAACAUUCUUACCAUUAGUCAUUGAAAACUUUCAAAACAAACUAUAGAUUGUUUUGGGUAUGUCAUACUUACACUUAAUUAUUUAUAAAGCUUUAAAAAAUAAAUUAAAAUCAAGGUUCUCAGGUUGAAUGAAAUAACUUGGCUUUUCUUGGUGUUUAGAACCCUCAGAAAUUAAUCCUUACUUAUAAAGAACAUACUUCUUAUACUAAACAAUAUUGGCGACCGGGCUGCAAGCGUCAGUUCUCUAAAUACGAUGCCAGAGAACCAAUUGUUUUUGUUUUUUUAAGCUUGAAGCAGUUGUAUAUAUGACACAUGGUGCUAUUAGACUAGUGGGUCUGUUGAUUCCCAAGAGUCUGUUGCUGGCUGACCAGCAAUGUGUACCAAAAGUGCAUAGACACCCUCGUCCCUUCUGCAGCUGCACUCCGAUACCACUACUGCCUUUGUGUGUAUAUGAGCCACACACAGGAUCCCGGUCCUGGAAUCUCAGCUGGCUGGACGGCGCUAGUUCAUGUGAGGCUAGCAACCCACAGCAUCCUAGAUCUCUCUAUUUCCUGCAUUAUCUGUGUAGUCACUAUAUUUAUAUUAUAAGCUAUAUGUUAUUUUAGAAACAUGUAGGCUGUUUAUGCAUUGGAAUUAUCACAGACAAACGUUUAUUGGCUCUUUUGUAAUUUAUCGGUUCUGUAAACUCAAGCUUAAGUCCAUGCUUAUAUUUUACAGCUGACUUACCACUGUGUAUAUGACAGACCAGAGCUGCGUGUGGGACACGGUGCCGACACGACCAACACUAGAACAUGGUCAGGUGUAUACACUUGAACAUAGUUUUGUCUAAUGUCUAAUAAUUUUAAGAACAUUUGCUGUUAGCAGAUUUUAGAAAUUUGUUUUAUAUUUCCUUGUCCAAUGUUAUUUCAUUAAGCAAUACAGUCAAAUGAAAUUUUCAA